AUGGCUCCUACCAUCCUUAUCGUCGGUGCCACUGGCAAUACCGGCCGAGGCGUCGUCGAGACCUUGUCAGAGCUUCUGAAGACCACCCCCUUUUCCGGCCACAGAAUCCUCGCUCUUACACGUUCCUCGACCGGAGCUACAGCCCAGCUGCUUGCUAGACUACCCAACGUCGAACUGGUGGUACAGAACUGGGUCGAGAUUACCCCAGCCUGGCUCCGUCAAUACAAUGUCGAGAGGGCCUUCAUCGCAUCCCACAACCAGCCGAACCAGUUCGCCGAAGAAUCGACAUUCCACCUAGCGGCUCUUCAAGCAGGCGUCCAGUAUGUUGUGCGCAUCUCGACAACCGCUGCCAACGUACGUCCGGAUUGCCCUGCCUACUAUCCAAGGACGCACUGGGCAAUUGAGACCUUGCUGAGCUCACCGGAGUUCCAAUGCCUACGAUGGACCUCGUUGCAGCCUAAUAUCUUUACGCAAUUGUACCUUUCUCCUGCCGUGGAGCUAGUCAAGAACUUCCGUAAAACCGGGAAGCAAGACACCCUGAGGCUCAUGGCGUCGGAGGAUGCGCCUGUCGGUAUCAUUGACCCGCAUGAGGUUGGACGUCUCGCAGCCCAUCUCCUAAUCCAGGAUGACGUCACUCCCCAUGACAAGGCUAGAUACCUCUUGAACGGCCCAGAGGAUAUCACCGGGCGGCAGGUCGUGGCAAUGAUUGAGGAGGUCCUGGGAACGAGAGUUGAAGACGUUAGCUUCCGGGAUCUAUCCUUCAUCGACCACAUGGCGGCCCAGACCCAAGAGUCAAAGAACGUCAUCCUGUCAAUCAAGCAUGCUCCGGAGACGGCGUGGGAGGGGAAAUGCACAGCUUCCACGACGAGCAGAGAGGUCCUUCAGUUGGCUGCGCCAAAGAAUACGCCGGCCGAGAUCUUCAAGGCAAUGUUGGAGGGUUAG